GGCAGCUGCUGUGUCUCUGGAGCAAGAGUAAGAGUGGGAUCACAACACCAUGAGAGGUCUUGGCAAGAGCUGUGGAGUCCCGUCCCACUGCUGGUGUCCUGCCAAAAGGCAGAGGCACUGCUGAGUGCCCUGGGAAUCAGGGGGGAGGGGACCACUGGGCCAAUAUAGAGGGCUCUGCUGGGGAGCCUGGGACAUGGGGUGAUGCUCUAGGGCUCCAGGACUGCCAUGCAGGAGGCUUGUUGGGCAACACCUGAGUGUCUGUGUCUUCCCAUCUCAGCCCCAGAAGACCACACCUGGGAGAAGGAGGUACCAGGAAAAUGGACCCUGAACUGCUGAACCUCCCACUCGCAGUCAAGAUCCCUGUGGCACCUGGAUCCAAGCCUGUCUUCUGCAGGGGAAAGCUGGGUGAAAAGGUAAAGGAAAUAGAAAGGGAUAGAAAAUCUCUUUCAUAGAGUCCCUAUCAUGCAAAGAUUUUCUUGAGGCCACCUGCUCUACAUCAGGAGCUGCAGCCCUUCAACUGGACAGGACUGGGCAAGGGAAACUCCAGGCUCCCUGGAAUACAGAGGAGAAAGCACUUGUCCAUCUUUGCACUGGUUUCUGGCACUGUGCAUGUGUGUGGCCGGGCCCCUGCCUUCAGCAGACAGCUGUGUGUGUCUGGGUGCCAAGGCAGCUCAUUCCUCCAGCUCAUCCCACAAUGUCAGGCCCCCUGGGGCACUUGUAAGGGAGAUUCCAACCUUCUGCUUGCCUUCUUGGCACCUUUGGAAUAAAUUGGGCUUCCCUGCCUGCGGUAUACACACACUGUUGUCCUCCAGUUUGCGCUGCAGCUUCCCAAGAUAGAGAUUUUCUGGAGGUAGCCAACACAGCCCUUGGGCCUGCCUAACCCAAGGAGACUGGUUUCAUCCACUCUCCACUGGCUGCAUUUGAACCUUUGAAGGUUAAUUUGCGGAUGGGUCUGCAGUUCUUCCUGGUGACCUAAGAUACCUAUUUGCAGGUGGGAUUGCUGUGCAGUUUGUCUUUUCUCCCUUAACCCAUCACAGCCCAGCCCUGUAGUCUGUCUGUGCAGGUCUCUGUGCCUACAGAAGGGUGGAGAAGACCGUUACCUUUUCACAGGUACCAUGUGGUACCUCUUCGCUCCACUCUCCUGCUUCCUCAUCCUCUGGAAACUCUCUCUUACAGCUCCACCGGCCGCUUCCUUGUUUCACUCUGGAUGAUCCCUACUGUCACCACCUCAGCCCAGCAUACAACUGCCUGCAUGACCCUGUCCUUCAGGACUACCACAAGCGCAAGGAUGUGCUGCAUUUGCUGAAGAAACGGGGCUUUGUCACCAGAGAAAACAAGCAUGGCCCCAGCCUGCCAAGAAUCACCAACACUUCCUGUCAGGGGAAGCUGCAGCCUCAAAAGCCUUCCAGCGUACCCAAGAGCCAAAAACUGGGGGCAUGCAGAAAAGCGAGAGCAGCUCUGAACAAGGGCCAAAUUUACUCCAGAGCUAAGCUGGGGCAGAAGGAUGCCAGCACUGCUGCUGACUCCCAGAGGAAGCCAGAUGGCACUGACAAUGGCCUCUUGAAUGCUAUGUUUGAGCAACUAACUGCAGCACAAGCCAAGAAGCUUGAAGAGCUGGUUGAGACUGUGGUGUACAGAGUGUUUGAGAGGUUGAAGAUUCCUAGGAAUCAGCAUGGCAGCUUUUUACAGAGGGUUGCCCAGGGAAUCAGAGAAAGACUUUUAGGCCGCAUGAGAGUAGAACUUUUGGAUACUUCUCUAGAUCACCAUCAGAAAAUGGAAGUGAUGGCGAAAGAGCUUGUAGCAACAGUGUUGGAGAUCUUGGGGGACCGUCUGGCAUCCAGCACAUCCAAGGCUGCUGAGGCGGGGGGGGCAGCCAAGUGGGAGGACCUGCCUCUUGCUGCAAGAGCCACCCAAGCAGACAAAUCCAAAGACACUGCAGACAGAGUACUUUCAAAGACCUCCCUUGACACACUCACCAGAGAAAUUGUUGAGAGUGUUCACUACACCUUGGAAUCCUCUAUAACUUCUCAGUUUGAACAAGACACUGGCGGUGAGUACGCUGAAAUCCUGGAGCUUCCUGGGGGAAAUGUCUCCAACAGACAAGUGCAGUCAUCCCAAACAUGUCCAAGGCAGGGCAUGGAAGCUGGACAAGGAUUCCCCAGAGCAUCUGAACAGCAGAGCCUGAAAGCAAUGGUGAAGGAGAACUUGGAAAGAAAAAGGAGCCUAAAGUCAACAGCCUUAGCCAACACUUUGGAAAUAAGGACCAUGUCAAAUCGGAUUGCUGACUCAGUAUUAGAGCGGAUCAGUCAACCAGGGCCUGCAGCAGUCCUCAACAAGAACUUUCAAGGGCCUGUUGCAAACCCACCCACAUCCCAAGGUGGAAUGGAGAGCUGUGCCACUGAGGACAUUCUCCCUACUGUGGACCCAUCGCCUUCCCAACAGCCCAUCCCUCCAGCCCAGGCCAGAGGACAGCACCAAGCAAAGCGCCCAAAGUUCAUCUGAUGCAAGUGAGGUGUGUGACUGGAGAGCUGAAGAGCCCUCAG